AGUGCGUCUUGACCGAUCAGCGCAUCAGAGCCAUUGAGCAGGUGCAUGGCUAUUUCUCCAGUAAGCAGGUGAUGGAAAUAUUAAAGUAUUUCUCAUGGGCUGAACCACAGAUCAAAGCUGUUAAAGCUCUGCAGCAUGUCAACCUUCCACCAGCAAAAUGGCUCUGAACCUUAGGGACAUGGACACGAGACCUCUGGGGGUUUCCUGUUGUGUACAGGGACAGCGGAUUCGUUGGGUCCUGAUGGUUUCAGGGUGGGGCCUCUGUGGAUCAGGGUUGUUCCUACAAAUCUUCCUGAUGUUCGUUUGGGAUCAUGGAAGUUUGAAGGCCAGGUCAAUGCCAGCAAAUCUUUGUCAUGCCCUUCGAGUUGUUCCUGAGCAGUUGUUUUUUGGGGGUUUAACGGUGCAUUUUCCUACUGGGGGAAGCCCCUGUCGUUGGGGAGAGCCAUUGCCUUAGGGGUGUGUGCUUAGUCUGCAGCAACAUGGGUGGUAUGUGUCAAAGUAAUAUUUACAUAAAUGGCAGGUCACAGAAUUGAACUGUAGCAAUAGUUAAAUUAUGGUAUUUUUAUACACUUUCAUAAUUGUUUGUAAUCUGUAUCACAGAUGUAUCUGUGGUGAAUAUAAACAAGUGCAGCAAAUACUGUGAACUUAGAAAAUGUGUUUGUUUAAGUGAAGUUGAAACCUCUUUGUUCCUCAAAUAUGCUUUCUACUCUGUUGCCUUUAGAAAAUGGUUGCAAUCCCCACAACAGAAGUCGCAAAUAUCUUGAAUUGUUUCACGUUCUCAAAAGACAGACUGAUUGUCUUGGAACUGAUAGCUUUAAACAUUUCAGAUGCUCAGAAUUAUCGGCCAGUGGAGGAUCUCUUUCGUAUACACUUGUCUGAGAAGAAGCGUGCCCGCAGGAUCCUGGAACAGGUCUGUAAGGUUGGCUGCAAGGCUCCCAUAGCAAUGAUCUCCUCCUGUGGAAUAAUACCAGGAAAUCCAUAUCCUAAAGGCAAACCCAGCUUGGUCACUGGGUCAUUUCCUGGAAACCCACCGGUAAAAAAGGAAGGCGAGAAGAAAGAAGACACCACUAACAAUAUGGAGGGGAAAGGAAUUGCUUCCCGAAUUAUAGGACCAUUCAAACCUUUCCCCUCAACCUACAAUCCUCAUCGACCUGUUCCUUACCCAAUACCACCUUGCCGACCCCACGCCACCAUUGCACCAAGUGCAUACAACAACGCAGGCCUUGUUUCUGUGGGAGGGGUUAUAACAGCCAACGUACCCCCACCCCCCUACAACUCCACCCACAAAGUAGCAGGUUACAAUAAGCCAGGCAAUCCACAGAACACCACACCUGGAAUUAACAGCGGGCCCCUCCUCAUUCCUCAUGGGUCCACACCAGUCCCAAACCAGGCCUCUCCUGCGCCUCCCACAACCCCCAUCACGCCAGUUUUCCCAGGAAUGGUGCCCUCUCACAACCUCAACGCCCCCUCUCCCUCACCUGCUCCAUCCCCAUCUGUAAUCAAAGCAGGACCACAGACCCCCACUGGUCAUGCUACACCUACACCCUCAUCUGUCAUUAAAGCUCACACCCCAUCAGGCACACCUUGUGGAACUCCUGUCCCUGGCAGUGGGGGCUUCUCCCCUUCCCCUUUCCACGCAAUUUCCCGACCAGGCACCCCUGCUACUUCACGCAGUGCCCCAGACUCCCUGUCUCAGACAAACUCCACUCAGCAGAAGGUUUAUUCUCAGUCCACAGAACACCAGUCAGGAUCACCCUUCCCUGGCAUACACCCACAAGCAGGUAACUCUUCUGGGUCAGUGAUCCGAAGUUACACUCCGUCUGGACCACAGUCUCUUCCCCCUGGACGCUCCACUCCAGUAAUUCCGAGCUGUUCCACCCCAGGUCCCAGUCCUAAACCUUCCCCUGGCCAUUCUGCACAGGCUCAGGCAGUUGUGGCUGGAGCCCUGAACAGACACAGUGCGGGUAGUAGCAGUGGCAGUAAUAGCCCUGUACCCUCUGCUUUCAAGGGUACCUCUCGCUCUGGCACACCAAGCUCUGCACAGGCUGCUCUAGCACGUCCCUACGGCCUCUCACACCCUUCAGGUUCUCCUCAAGUCUCUCUCCCUAGUCCCGUUGGUCUCACUGGCCUCCAAGCGCUGUCUUCCAGCAAUGCACCCUCUCAUUACCCGGGCCUGUCACCUUUUCCCUCCCUUUCUUCAUCGCUGCCUCCUUCAACUGUCCCCUCAUCCAUGCCAACAAUAUCCCCAACUACCAAGAUUUCUAACCACCCACCAACAACUAUCUAUUCGGGCUUGGCUCCAAAUGCUCCUCCAAGUGGAGCCUCUCCUUUUGGUCUAGGCCUCACCUCUGCUCCCUCUAUAUUCCCAGGCCUUCCACCUGGGGCUAGCCCAACUGCCUUCCCUGGACUUGGUGUGUCAGGGGGACAUGGUGCUGGGAGCCCUGUUUUAACUUCAUUUAUUGGACUACCAGGGGCCACUCCAUCUACAGUGGCAUCAGUGGCACCACUGCAGGCGGCGGCAGCAGCAGCAGCAGUCGGAGUUCCAUCAUCUUCACCAGUUUUACCAGGCUUUGCAUCUGCCUUCAGCUCCAAUUUCCAGCCUGGGUUGAGCGGUGGACUCCAGCCUCCAGGCAGUAGCGGGUUUCCUAGCUUACUGUCGUUCCAGGUGCCAGGCUUCUCUCCCUCUGCCUCCCCCGCUGCACUCAGUGGCCUCCACAACCCAGCUGUGCAGUCUGCCCUGCUGCAGCCUCAUCCCCCUUCUGCUUUGGAGAACUUCACGACUCAACCUAACAGCUUCACCAACUACCCUGCAGGCCCAGGACACACCUUCCCUAUCCAAUCGGGGCUGCACCAACCGUUGGGCUGGCCGUGAAACCUACAAUAGUUGUGAAACAUUGAGUAAAAAAUUAACACUGACUCCUGCCACACCUCUUAGCAGGUGAUACAAUUUCUAUUUGUCCUUGAACCCCAGACGAGCACAUGACAGUUAAUCACUGUGUAUGUUGGAACAGGAGUGAAAUGGGUCAAAUAGUCUGUGGGGGAAAAGGCAUAAUUGUAAUAUCAUUCAUAGUGAAGCGUUGUAAAUAUUAAUUGUGAAAGUUGUUAGUUUGACAGGUAGACUGUGAGUGAUUUCAUUAUUAGCCUGACUUGCCUGUUUUUAAUCAAACUUAGAACAUUUAUAAAUGAAUAAUGAAUUAUAGAGUAUUAGAAAAGUCCACAUAACAUUAUGUAAUAAAUUGACCUCAGUCCUGAGCCACAGUAGUAUUUCAUUUCCAAUUACAGAGCAAAUGAAAUGCUAAUGAAUUUGAUGACAGGCAUAAGAUAUAGUAUUGUAACAUGAUUUUUUAUUUUUAAUUUUUUUUUGAUGACUUGAUGUCCCCGUUAUGCUGAUUUCUAAUCUAAAAACUUACAGCACAGUGGUUUUCUUUAACAUGUGAUAAUGUUACGUUUGUCUCAGUUUGGGUUUUUUUCUAAAAACAGGUUUUUAGCAGUACACUUUGGGCUGUUUUAAAAUGGUAACGAGGGGAUGCUUCACCAAUUCUCGUUUGUUCUGUUAUGUAACACAAAAAUAGGUAAAUGACAACAGUUUUAUUUACAGUUAAGCUGCAUUAAAAUAAAGUUACUGUGAGCACAGCGGGGCAGACAGAUCCGAUUCUGUAAUUUUAGCGACAGAAACAACUUUUUUUCUGCUGGUGUUGGGACAUUGCCACCACCUCAGAUGCUGGGAGUGCACGGAGAUUCUUGAUGGUUUUGUAGCUGACAACACUUUAAAGGUAUUUUACCCUUAAAAUGGGCUGAAGCGCAGAUCACUGUAAGGACUCUGUCUACAUCUCGGUUUCAAAUUGGAUGUUUCAAGCACUUCUAAACGUAAUUUGGAGAAGGCUUUCGUAAAGAAUAAAUAGGAAAAACCUCCCAAAACAUAGCAGGGGAACAUACUGAAGUAUGCAAACCACAAAUGAAUGUGCUGUGUCAGGGGUUAGUUUGUAGUACAUACAAAAACUUGCAUUUGGCAGCUCGACACAAGUGUUUUUUUCUUUCUCUUCUUUUCAGUGAACAUAUUUGUGACUGCAAUUUUCUGUGAUUCUAAUGUUUACAAAGUUUAUUUCUCAUGUGUGACACUGCUGGGACUGCUACUACAACAUUUAUCCAGAAUAAGGGUAUGCAGGCUUUUUGUUUUUUUUGACAUUGUGACUUUUAUUAUUAUAUUCUGUAGUUUAACAGAUCGAAAGAUGUACUUUUCCCCCUCUUUACUCCUUAGUAGUUCUCUAUUCUACUGGGAUUAUCUCAAUGACACUGACCUUUGUCUUGAGUAAUAGAUGUUUUGUAUGCUACAGUUUUUAUUUUAUUUUUUGCCCUUUUUAAAAGAUGUUUCCAGUGAACUGCUGGUUACUGUAUCUGUAGUCUAUGUGAUGCCAUUACUGUCGACAUCUCUUUAAUAAAAAUACUGGAGCUGGACAAAAUAAUGGAAACAAAGUUUAUUUUAACCAUAAAGUCAGCUACACGUGUACAUCAACUCAAUUUUGAAGAUUCACUUAACUACAAAUCCUAAAUGCCUGCAUCUAUUUAAUAUCCACUUUGGUUGCUAACCUUGAUUUGAAUGGUUUUACAACCUGCGUAUGUUCCACUUACCCCACCAAAUACAAAGCUUAUCACAAGCGUCACUAUUGCUCAACACACAAAGUCAUGUGUCCAUUAGUCAUGUGGGUAUACGUAUAUAAUUGGUGGGGAACAUUUUUUUUUCCAUUUGAGUUCUUUGAUCAGAAUAUGUUUGCUAAUUAUAAAAAACCCCAAAACUUUUUGUGAUUUUUGUUUUGUACAGUUUAGCUUUUUUGUAAAACUAUUAAACACUUUUUCAGUCAGUGGAUUUAGGAUUAUUCAUCUAAACCUGUAUACAUACAUUUAAUUUCUAGGGAAUUACAGUAGUAAAAAGGGUUAUUCCCCCUAUUGGCUGAUUUUCUCCUACAUA